AUGACACAGUCAAUCAAUUCAUCAUGGAUCGAAAAAUUGAAAUCAGCGAAGAAAGCUGGUUUACUUCAAAAUGAUCGUCAGAAGAUUCAUUAUACAUUCGAUGAUCAAUCUGAAAUGGUCGAAGAGUACGAUGCGAAAACAAAUAUACUUUUAAUUCGUAAAUGGCGUCAGAAACCAACCAGUGGUUUGAAAACAGCGUCAUCAUCCGAUGCUUGGACAUUCGAAGUUGGUCAAAACUAUGAAAUGAAACCAGUUGCAGAUAACUCAUUAGGAUUCACCGAAAGUACUUCGACACCACUAUUUUCACGGAAUGAUAAGAAUGAUUCGUUUGAGAUUCGUAUACGAAAUUUAUCGUAUCCAAUCGAUACGUAUCAACUAACAAUUGAUCAAGAGAAACGCGAAUUUGUUCUACGAACAACGAACAAAAAAUAUUUUAAACGUUUUACAAUUGUUGAUCUGGAUCGAUUGAAUCUUCCAUUGGAAGAAAAUCGCUUGUCAUAUACGCACGCGAACAAUACUUUGAUCAUUUCAUAUAAAAAACCUCAAGCUGUUCUCGAUCUCGAAAAACAAGUUCACAAUGAAUUAAAAAAGUUAAAUAUGAAAAAAGAGGGUGAUAGCGAUUGUCCUGUCAGUUAA